AUGGCUCAAUUCAGUAAAGAACUUUCUUUCGUUAAAGAAGUGCCCGAGAAUAUGGAAAUAGAUUGUCCAAUUUGUCUUAAUAUUUUGACAGAUCCUCAUAUUGUGAGCUGCUGUGGACAUAAUUUCUGUGGGUCUUGUAUUGAGAGAAUAAAAGCUAGUAAUGGAUCCUGUCCUAUGUGUAAAGAGAAGGACUACCUAUCAUUUGUCGAUAAGAAGUGUUCACGUAGGAUCAAUGGAUUGGAGGUCUACUGUAGUAAUAAGGAGAAAGGAUGUCAGUGGAAAGGAGAAUUGAAGAAUAUGUCUACUCAUCGUAAUAAAGAGAAAAUAGAAGGAGAAUGUCAAUAUGAAGAAGUAAAGUGUCGAUAUGAGAAAUGUUUAGAGAGAAAGCAACGUAGAUAUCUUAAGGAUCAUGAAGAUAGAGAAUGUGAUCAACGUCCAUUUCAGUGUCAAUACCGUGGAGAAGAAGGUACAUUCCUCUCUAUUACAAAGGAUCAUUAUGAGGAAUGCAGGCAGUAUCCUGUUACUUGUCCUAAUAAAUGUGUGUCUACUAAUAUGCCACGAGGUAGUCUCACUGCUCAUAUCAAUGAGUGUCCAUUAGAGCCAGUAGAUUGCUACGAUUGA